UUAAAAAAUUAAAUAAAUGUUUAACAGCUGGCUUUUGUCAUGAUAGAAGCAAUGUUGAUAAAUUAUUGUUUGUAGUUAUUCAUAAAAUAGAUCCAAAUAUGGGAUUUAUGAAGUGGUAUACAAAAUAUCGUGAUUCAUUGCCAAAAAGAAAAUUUAGACAAUCAAACAAAAAUAGAAAGAUUGAAAAAUUGAUACCUACCAAGUUAUCAAAAAAAUCAUCAGGAUAUGAAGACAAAGUAAUGGCAGAGAUCGAAAAAAAACUCCCAUUCACAGAUCAGGAUAUGCCAGAUUUUAUGGGUUCCACCAUCACUCCCGAUAGCUCGAAUGAUGGCACCACAGUUGACAAUACUAUUCAGAAGGAAGUUUCUGGUAUUCUUACCCAAAUAACACCAGACGAAUCAAAAUUAUUCAAUGUUGGUGAGUCUGUCACUGAUAAAAGUGGAAUUUUUUUCCCAUCUAACCACAAAUUAGACACAUAUCCUGUUAAUCACUUCAAUGGCUCAACCAUCAAAGCAGAGCAUGAACAUUUGCUUAAUAUCAAUUCAUGGAAUUCGAAAGAGAACAAAUCGAAUGUAUUAAAGGUUCGAGAAGGCGAAAAAGUUCAUGAGAAUGAUAGGACAGAGAAUAUUUGCAAAGUUUCCAAGAGGCUUAGGACAGAAAAACGGAUGACAAACGAUGUCGAUUUUCUAAACGAGAAAGGGAUCGACGAAGGAAAAGCAAGCUCGACCAUUGUCAAGAGAAAAUACGUUAGAAAAUUAGUCAAAACACCAUUGAACAAUAAAGCCAAUACUGUAGUCCAUGUCGUCGUUCCCCUAAAAAAAUACGCAUUUUCGGAUAAAGUGAAGGAAUUGAUUCAGUACAAAAUAGAAUGCCUGAAAGAGUACGAUUGCUUGAAGUGCUACAAAAACAUAGAACCUGGCGAUGCCAAUCAAUUAUUAGAACAUUUGGAAACCUGUCUACAGUCGCAUCAAAUAGAAAUCUUGUGCAAUCUGUGCCAAUUGAAGUUUUCAAAUAUCGACGAAAAGAUUGACCACCUGAUCUCUCUUCAUAAUGGCCUGGAAUAUACGAUCGACAACUCCUUAAUCAAAAAAUACUGGCGUUUCCUGAACAAAUUCUUGGGACCGUACAAAAAAUUUAACUGUCUGUCAGCUGAUUGUGGUAAAAAUUAUACGAGUUACCCUGGCCUGGCUUACCAUAUCAAAAAUUGUUCCUUUUUGAAUUACGCUUCCAACAACACGCCGAAACAAAUUAUCGAAAUAAGUGAUGAUUUGGAAGAGAGCGGUGUCAGGAAAAGCAAAAUAAAGGCUAAAAGAUUUUUGACCUCUUUACUCAGCAAGGACGACAAUUUCUAUCACGUGGAUUAUGAUAAUAAUGAUAAAGCGUUUAAAAAAGAAGACUCCGAUUUCGAAAUUGAACCGUUCGACUCCCUAGCUGACGCUGGAAAUGAAAGUUCCGAAGAUCUCAGCGGAUCGGAAGUAUCCGUCGACUCCAUAUUGCUCGAUAGAAUAGCCAUCGAAAAAAAGCCAAAACGGGUACACCUCCCGAAGGAAAUAUCCGAUGAUACCAAAUUUUCUCAAUCAUGCGAUUACGAGGCUAGUCUUCCUCCCUGGGUGCCCGAUAUCUCCAAAUGGUAUCCUUUCAAAAACGUGGAGAUAUUGGACCGAUUAUACUCCGCUACAUCUUUACCUUUCCACGUUGUCGGUAUGACGCAAGACGGAAAACAAGAUGCCUACGAACUUCUCGAAGAUACAAUAACUUUGCCCUUACCCUCUGAAGAUAUACUAAAUGGUUUUAAACCUCGUAACGAUGUACCAUCAUUAGAAGAAUUCCGUAUAAAUACUACCCGGUUAAAAUUUGCUCAAAUCUAUAAUGAUCCGACCGACAAUUCCUGGACCCUAUUUUCACACGGCAACGUUACCGCCAUUGAUUGGGCCCCUUACACUUCCAUUUUGUUAAAUAAGCCUGAACGCGGUUUCAAAACCACGAAAUACUAUUUUGCUGUCACCUCGACUCACACCUUCGGCGGGGAUCAUGGCAUAGAUCAUCAUAAGGAUAAAGAUACGUUCGAGGUAUCUAAAAGCGUAAUAUUCAACAAAAAGGACCACACCUCCAAAUAUUCCCAUAACGACGCCAUCUUCUUAAAUCACGAAGUUGAUGGGCCUGUCCAAAAUAAUGAUAAAAAUGGCACAGCCAUUACUCCGUACAAUUCCGUUCAAAUUUGGGGUCUUGAAAUAGUAGAAUCAAUCCCUCAUUCCGACGAGAAUUCGAGUAAGACUAGUCUUUCUACUGUCACUUGCAAAUUCGAAUACGGGCUGUUGAACCAAUGGGGAAUCUUGGACUGUAAAUGGUGCCCGAGUUGGGAAAACUCUGAUUCACCCAACAUUCGCAAUUCAUUUUUAGGACUCUUGGCGCUCACCUGCAAGGAGAACGGGAAUGUUAAGAUUAUACCCUUUCCCUUUCCAGAACAAUUGCUCAAGUCUGACUCUAGUCCGAACCGCCCCUGGUUCGUAACGCUGGAUUUUUACGUCCUCUCCUUGUUUCCGCCUAUAACUCCCGAUAAUCUUGACACCUUGUCCGUGAACCCAAGCACGUUCCUCAAAUCAAAUUGGAAUUUAGACCACCGCCAACAAAGUUCAACAACGAGCAUAAGGAAAUCUAAAGAAAAAAACGAAGAUUUGGAAUACGAGAGUGAGGCAGCUAUGAACCGAUUUUUCCCCCGCACUCUUUAUACGUAUCCAAUUUGCCUGGAUUGGUAUUUGAGUUCCACCAAUUGCUCUCUUGCUGUCGGCUUUUUCGAUGGCACUAUCGCCAUUUGGAACAUAACGGCAUCGAGUAAGCCGGAGUCUAUUCAAAACUACGCUAUAAACCUUGACGUUCUGCUCCCUAACUCUAACCAAACCCAAUUAAAUGACAAGUCAAAGAUCACCAAAAAUGAUAACCAUCAAGAUUGCGACGAAGAAAUCCUCAUUAAUAGUUGCAAGCAUCUCGAAAAAAUUUGUUCCGACAGUAUUAGAACCACCAAAAACUUACUAAGUAUCGUUAAAACCGAAAUAACCACCCAAUGCAUUGUUCCCUCCCGAGUCAUACCUCCAGGUGCUAUUCAUUUUGAUAGCGUCACGGGCGUUAGCUUUUGCUGGUUGAGUUGCCGAAACGAUGAUCGAUACCAUUUAAAACCAAGAUAUCUGGCCUCGGUUGGGCGGGAUCGGGUCUUAGCUAUUUGGGACCUAGGCAAGACUAGCAGCGAUGGUUAUAACCUCGUUCAUUUCAGCAGUUAUUUUAACCUGGCGAUGACCAGCCUAGACAGUGAUUCCUCCUCAUACAAUUCUCAUUGCACGGGUUGCAUAUGGCCGCAUCCCAAAUUCGCCUCCUUAUUCGACAAUUCUAAUAGUGACACCCUCAAUUUUUUGGCCAUAAGUGAUACCAAUGCCCAGUUUAAAACUAGUUGUCAUGUAUUGGAUAACGGGUUUUCCACGCGAGAUCCAAUCAAAAUAGCCCACCUGAACCAUUCCUGCCAUUCAAGCGUUGAUUUCAAUCACAUCGUCAAAUGUUUUUCCAUAUCCACCUUGGGCGGUUAUCUCAUGUUGUUCCCCGGAGACUUGGCUCGUUACAAACAUCUGACGACCGCUAAAAACCCGAUUAAUAAACAAAUAUGCGUAUAUCAAAUCACGGCUAGUCAAAUCUCUCCCAAUUAUACCAGAAAGAAUGGUCGGAAUAAAAGUAAUAAAUCAGACUCCGGUGCUAAACUUACCAUUCAAAUUAACAGCGACACCUUGUACCAUUCCAUGUUAGGACAAAGCAUAGAUGACACGACUCCCCAUGUGGAUGGCACUAAAGAAUCUAACGAAAUGAAUGAUUCUUCUGACAGGAUUGGUUACCUUUUAUUCAACGAUAUAUAUUAUAAUUCAAAAGUCGAUAACAUCACAAAGGUAAAUAAAAUUAGAGAGAAAUUGGGAACCCCGUGCUUCGAGGAUCCAUUUUACGGGGAAAAUUUGUAUGUCAACAAAAUAUCAUUCAAUCCGUUCCCUGCGCAUCACGAUUGGAUCCUAAGUUGUACCGGGGCAGGUUUUGUUAGAAUUCAUAGACUGAACGAACUUCAAAACCGUUUAAAACAAAUGAACAAAAUCAACAGGAAAGGAUAAAAAAAAAGGACAACUAUUUAUUGUUUUAGAGUGCUCUCGUUUAAACAUUAUUAUAAUUCUUAAAAUAUUUUUUUUAACGCGAAUAUCUAAAUUUUAGAUUGAAUCAACGAUUUGUACAGUUUUAUUAUUAUUAUUUCAAUCCAAAAA